AAAGAUGGCCGAGGAAGUGUCAAAUGCCUCACGGGUGCUUCCACAAGCAAUUAUGCCCAGCGUACUUAUCAAUGGAAUCCUUGGGUUCUCAAUGUUGAUCGCUGUUCUGUUUUGCAUGGGAAUGUAGACGAUGCUUUGAAUAAGGACACCGGAUAUCCUUACAUUGAAAUAUUCUACCAGGAAACUGAUUCAAUGCCGGGAACUUUGACGAUGUGCUCUAUAAUUCUUAUAAUUGGAGUAUUUGCGGCAACUGGCAUGCUUGCUGCAACUUCACAUCAGUUUUGGUCCUUUGCGCGAGAUCGUGGUGUUCCCGGUUGGCGGCUGUGGAGUCAAGUCUCUUCGACUAAGCGCCUACCUGUCAAUGCUACGUUACUGACAGGUUCUGUGGCUUGCCUACUUGGCCUCAUCAACAUUGGAUCUAGCGUCGCUCUCGAUCACGUUUUAUCUAUGGCAGUUCAGUUUCCGGGCUAUAUCUUUCAUAUUUCACGGUCGGAUCAUUCCUUCUUUAUCGUCGAUGCAAAGGACACAUAUCCAGGUGCAAAACUCGUGUGGGGUAGUUUCCAUGUCCCCGGAAUGUGGGGUAUUAUGAUCAAUGGCUAUGCUGUUAUGUACAUGACCAUUGCCAUAUUUUUCAGCUUGUGGCCCACAGAGAGGGCCGUUACAGCAGAAAGCAUGGACUAUGGUGUGGUCGGUACAGUUGGUACCAUUAUUCUCGCUCUUGUUUACUAUGCUCUGAGGGCUAGGAAGGUUUACAGGGGACCAGUCGUUGUUGUACCUGCUGGAUUGUAUUUCUGGUGGCUCGGUUGA